GAGAGCGCGGAGGUGCGAGGGGCGGCGGGGCCGGGCGAGGGGACGCUGCGAGUCGCUCCCCCUCGGCGGCUGUGCCGUGGUUGGCGCCCGCUGCCGCCCGCUCCCUCUCCGCCCGCGCUGGCGGCUGUGUUCUCGCAGAGGCCUGGAUCGGGGGUCUCCGAGCCAGCUCUGUUGCAUCCUAUGGGAACCACGUGAAGGCCAGCUGCCACUGGGUUGCCUUCAGUGCCGAGGCAGCAGGUGUGCUGGGCAUUGUGCUGCUGGAGGGCAGGGAUGGAGGCAAGAGGACUGUGUCUCAGCUCUGCUGCCACUCAGAUGCAGUGACAGACUUUGACUUCUCACCCUUUGACCCACUCCUGCUGGCCACAGGCUCUGCUGAUGAAACGGUGAAGGUUUGGCGCCUGCCUGAGGAAGGGCAGGAGCUGCCCAGCAGUGCAGGGCUGACGCUGGGUCCUGGCGGGGGCCCAGUGGACAUGCUGCAGUUCCACCCAACGGCGGAUGGCAUCCUGACCAGUGGCGUGGGGAAGCGGGUCACUGUGUGGGACAUGGGGCAGCAGCAGCCGCUGACAGCACUGGAGGCCCAUGGGGACCAGCUGCAGAGCAUAUCCUGGAAACAUGACGGCUGCCUGCUUGGCACCUCCUGCAAGGACAAGAAACUGCGGAUCUUUGACCCUCGAGCCAGCCCAGCUGCAUCCCAGAGCGUCCCAGGACAUGAGAGCAACAAGGACUCCCGGCUGCUCUGGAUGGGAGCCAGCGAUUGCCUCAUCUCCGUGGGGUUCAGCCAGAUGCGUGAGCGGGAGGUGAAGCUCUGGGACACGCGGAAAUUCAGUGGCGCGACUUUCACCUUGGCACUGGAUACCUCAUCUGGGGCCGUGAUCCCGCUGUAUGAUGCCGACACAGGGCUGCUGGUGCUGGCAGGAAAGGGAGAAAACCUCCUGUACUGCUUGGAGGCGGCAUCGGCUCAGCCUGCGCUCACCCAAGUCACUCAGUGCCUGAUGGAGGGACACACACGGGGCCUGGCCACCAUUCCCCGCCUGGCCCUGGAUGUCAUGGCCUGCGAGGUGCUCCGCGUCCUGCAGCUCACCGACACCUUCCUUGUCCCUGUCAGCUACAUUGUGCCUCGCAAGUCCAACCAGGAAUUCCACGAGGAUCUGUUCCCUGACUGUGCUGGGAUGCUGCCGGCCACAGAUGCCCAGUCCUGGUGGGCAGGGGACAGUCAGCAGGUGGGGAGGGUGAGCCUGCACCCAGCACGGAGACCCACGCAGACCUUCUGUUCCCCGCUCAUCGCCACCGUGCACAGCAGCCAGCUGCCCAAUGACGGCCCUGUGGAUACUGACCGCAGUGAGGGCAGUGGCUACUCUUCGCCCUCUGGCUCGCUGACCUCACCGAGCAGCGCCGGCGCCUCACUCUCCACCAGCACCGCCCCCUCCAGUGGCUUCAUCAGCAGCCCCAGCCAGAAGUCACUGCAGAGUAUUUUGGGGCCCAGCUCCCGCUUCCGGCACACACAGGGCACAGUGCUGCACCGUGACACCCACAUCACCAACCUGCGGGGGCUGAGCCUCACCACGCCGGGCGAGAGCGACGGCUUCUGUGCCAACCACCAGCGAGUUGCCCUCCCGCUGCUCUCUGCUGGUGGCCAGAUCGCUGUCCUUGAGCUCUCCAAACCAGGCCGUCUCCCCGACAUGGCUGUGCCCACCAUCCAAAAUGGUGCAGCAGUGUCCGACCUCUCCUGGGACCCCUUUGACCCACGGCGCCUUGCAGUUGCGGGGGAGGAUGCCAAGAUCCGGCUGUGGCGGGUGCCUGAGGGCGGGCUGCAGGACACACUGCAAGAGCCUGAGGCUGUGCUGAGAGGGCACACAGAGAAGAUCUACUCCAUCCGCUUCCACCCCGUGGCAGCCGACCUCCUUGUCUCCUCUUCCUAUGACAUGACAGUGCGGAUCUGGGAACUGGGUGCUGGGCAGGAGGUGCUGUGCCUGCAGGGACACACGGACCAGAUCUUCAGCCUGGCCUGGAGCCCUGAUGGGAGGAAGCUGGCGACAGCGAGUAAGGAUGGCCGGUUGCGGCUCUAUGAGCCUCGGUGCAGCCCCCAGCCCCAGCAGGAGGGCCCUGGCCCCGAGGGAGGCCGUGGAGCACGUGUGGUCUGGGUGUGCGGAGGUGAUUUCCUCCUCGUGUCCGGCUUUGACAGCCGCAGCGAGAGGAAGAUCCUUCUGUACCGUGCACAGGCCCUGCCUGAUGGGCCCCUCUCCGUUCUUGGCCUCGAUGUGGCCCCAUCCACACUCCUUCCCUUCUAUGAUGAGGACACCAGUGUUGUCUUCCUCACCGGCAAGGGUGACACCAGAGUCUUCCUCUACGAGGUGACUCCCGAGCCACCCUAUUUCCUCGAGUGCAACAGCUUCACCUCCAGCGACCCCCACAAGGGCUUUAUCUUCCUGCGCAAGACAGCGUGCGACGUGCGGGACGUGGAGUUCGCCCGGGCGCUGCGGCUGGGGCAGGGCAGCCUCGAGCCGGUGGCUUUCCGCGUGCCUCGUGUCAAGAAAGAGUAUUUCCAAGAGGACAUCUUCCCUCCGACCCGCGUGUGGUGGGAGCCGGCCCUGAGCGCCAGCGCCUGGCUGGGGGGAGCGGACGGGCAGCAGGGCCGUGCUGAGCUCCGUCCCGCCGACAUGGAGCCAGUCAGCCAGGCCCCGAGGGAGGCGCCCGCACGGAAGUUCGUCCCUGCGGCCGCGUAUCUGGGGGAGAAGACGGACGAGCAGAAGAAGGAGGAGGUGAGCGUGGGGACGGCGGGACCGCGGCCCCGUGACGCCCCGACCCACGGCCCUGCGUGUCCCGCAGCUCCUCAGCGCCAUGGUGGCCCGGCUGGGGAACCGCCACGACCCGCUGCCGCAGGACUCCUUCGAGGGCGUGGAUGAGGCCGAGUGGGACUAGGCCGCAGGCGGAGCUCACGGCGCCGCGCGGACCGCAGGCCUCCGCCGGAGAGGAGCCAUCUCAAGAGGACCGAGCCCGCCAUCGCAGCCGCUGCGGCCGCGCCAUUAAAGCCGCUGCAGCCCC